AUGAGACAGAAGUUGAUCAUUAGUUCGCUGACUAUCCUGUCAGCAAUAAUAAUCUAUCUACCAGAUCAAGUGGCCUCCUAUAAACGUUGUCCUGAACAUGGUACAACCGAUUCACCAACAGUACAAUAUCAUUUCGACGAACAAUUCUGUAAUGUUUAUCACAAAUGUAACUGUACACGUACGGAAUGUCACGUUGUUGAUUCACAUGUUUGCCCAAUUGCAAAAGUCUAUUCGAAAACUAAACAAAAAUGUCUAGAUAUCGAAGAUGAAAGUUGUGAAACGACUUAUAUUCAAUGGGUACAAACUCAUAGCAGCACUUUGAACAAUCCAGUUGCUAUCAACAUAUCAGAAUCUCUUGUUUCAUCUACACCGAAUAGUGAUUUUCAAUGUGAACAAGGUCAACCAGGCAAAUUUAGUGAUCCAAAUAUCUGUAACAUAUUUCAUGUUUGUAUUACACGAAAUGACCAAAUCGUUGAUCAACCAUUCAUGUGCCCAUAUCCAACGGUAUUCAAAAGCAGUUCGUCGGAUAAGAUGUUUUGUGCUCAACCAGAACCGAAUGAUUGCAAGGAUAAAGCUUUUUAUCGUUCAGUCGAAGGGCCUGCAAGAGUUAUGAACAGUGAAGACGAUGCCUCAUCAAUCUAUCGGCUACCAAAGAAUACGCUCAUGUCUGAUGAAUGUUUACAUCCAGGUUUGUACCCUGAUAGCAUGUACUGCAACACCUAUCAUAAAUGUACGGUGAAUGGCGAAGAUGAACAAUAUUUAUGCGAAAAUCAACUGCUUUUCAACCCGGAAUCGAGAAUUUGUGAUUAUCCUAUCAAUGUAGCCUGUGAUGGUAAAGGUUUAUAUCGACGUCCAUUGAAUUUUGUCAAUGGUACUCGACUGAACUCAUCUUCUAUGGCCAUCUAUGAUGCUGAACUUCGUCCUGAAUGUCCAUUCCAUGUUUUAAAUAUUUUGAUUACUGAUAAAGAUUACUGUAAUGUCUUUUAUGAUUGUCAAGCAGAUGGUGCUUCUGUGUACAUGUGCCGGGAAGGCACAGUAUUCGACUCAUCCAGUUGCCAACCAGAGGGAUUGGUCAAUUGUGGCAAUCGCCUAGUUCUAACUGCACAAGGUAAACGUUCAGCCAAGCCAUUCGUGCAAACAACCACUGAAAGUCCAGCAGAAGUGAAGACACCAUUGGGUAGAAGUUUACAGAGCAAACAUUCGAAUUUCAUUCUUUUACCACCACCAAUGCAGAAUCAAAAAGUCGUUCUCAACGUUCCAUUUGAUUGUAAAGGACGUAUUGAUGGUCACUGGAGAGAUACGCGCUAUUGCGAUGUUUUUCAUGCAUGUAUUGCUGGUGUACAAAAACGCUCGUAUGGUUGUAAUCAAAUUGGAGAACGAUUUUAUUUUGAUGACGCAACACAGAAAUGCGAAUUCACGAGUAGAAAUGCAAACGGUUGUCAAGCAAAUCAAUACUACACAGCGAUUGAACCGAUACCUGCUGUACCUGGAGUACAACUGAGUACUGAAACACCGACCGAACCAUGGAAGAUUUUUAUACAAUCACGCGAACAAUUUACCUGUGCAGGAAAACAAGAUGGUUUCUAUGCUAGUCGCUGGUGUAAUGUCUUUUAUCGCUGUUACACGGGUAUUUCUAGUGCUUUUCUGUGUCCAAAAAUGCCUAGCGGUGCUCGAUUAUGGUGGGUACAACAUGGCUCACCUCAAGGUAUUGCACAAGAAACUGCUGCGUGCACUUGGCCAUGUGAAACAGGUCGACAAUGUUCAAGUUCGGGUGGAAUUAUCGUUGAUUCAGGUUCGACAAUUAGUGAAAAUCAACAAGAGGCAGAAGCGGUUUUUUCACAAUCACUCUGUACAUCCGCAUCAUCAGGCGGUUCAAAUCCAGGAACGAGUGGAUCGACAGGAACUGGCGAUGAAACCUUUACCGUCGAUUCCGAUGCUAGUUGUAUCGGACAAGCUGACGGCACUUUUCUCAGCAGUCGGUAUUGUAACGUAUUCCACCGUUGUGUCAGCGGCACUCGUCGAGACUUCCGCUGUCCACGUGCUACAAAUACACCCUACGAUCUUUGGUGGAAUCAACUAACUCAACAGUGUGAUUGGCCAUGUCGAAUUCAAUGUAGUGGUGCAGUGUUCGGCACGACGUCAACAUCGGGACAAAUCCGAACAGAGAAUGCUCUCCUUUUCAGUAAUGAAUGUAAUGGCUAUCAGAAUGUGAAUAGUGCUGUCGCCAACAAUCAAGGCAUUGUGUAUUCAUCGAAUGCUCAAGUAUUUGAAAUACCUCGUAUUUUAUCAUCGCGAGUCAUUGAAAAUCCUGAUCCCAAUUAUGUCUGCAUGCAGACUGGCAAACUUCCUACACGACGAUUUUGCAAUGUUUAUUACGAAUGUUCAAUGGUUGGUUUACCACCCUCACAAACAUUCGAGUGUAUUGACAGCUUCUUCGAUCGCAGUCAAGGUUUAUGCCUGCCAAAAGAUCAAGUUCCAUGUUUAGGCGGCAUUUAUCCAUACGAUUCGAUUCCAAUCGAUCGUAAUCCAGAUGCACUACAAUGUUCAACCAAUUUAGGCUUUCAAUUGCAUACAUCACGACAGUUCUGUAAUAUUUAUUAUCUAUGCGAUGGUACACAAUCUACACCAACAACGUUCCGCUGUUUUGAUCGUCAAACUCAAGAAGAAGGCAUCUACGAUCCGUUUGCCGAACGUUGUGACUCCAGACGAAACUUCAACUGUCAAAAUGCUAUAUUAAAUUUAAGUCAAACACAAUUAUAUCGUUCAAUACCAAUUGACCAUGCACGUCUAUCGGAUUUGUCGAUUUUACCAUGCAAAUAUGAUCAAUCCUAUGUUCUUGAACAUGAACAGUACUGUAACUUGUAUCAUGUCUGUCGACAAGGUGAUUAUCAUCUAUAUGCCUGCAUAUCCGAAGGAGCAAACAACAAUCAGCCUACAUCGUAUUUCUACCAGCCAAACGGUCAAUGUGCUGCACCAUUAACUACGCUAUGUCCACGAACGAAGAGUGUGUUUAGCUACGGCCGAUUACUAUCACAAGGAACACAUGAUAUGUUUCAACCAUUUGUAAUGCCUGAUCAACAGCAGCAACAAUACAAUUUUGGUUCGAUUCCUAUUCAAGAACGUGUCAAACCAGUUCCAACAUGUCGGGCAACAGACAACUACAUCAUCCCACACGAACGAUAUUGUAAUUUAUUCUAUGGUUGCAAAGAAGGUGAAUUAAUUCUCUAUGCGUGUGUUGAUCGUUUAACAAAUAACUAUGGUGGAGUAUUUCAAUCUUCUACUGGUAACUGUAUCGCAUCCAAUGAAUGCUCAACAAAUGAAUAUUAUCGACCAGCUCAAGUGACAACCUCACGUCCAAAUAACAAUGUUCUCUUUCGUUCCUAUACUAUGUUAGAAACAUCCAAUGAUACACGAAAAGUAAACGAUACAAAUGAAAUCAAAUCUGCCUUUUCAUGUGCCAAUCGUGCUGAUGGAUAUUAUGAAUCUGAAUGGUGCAAUAUUUUCUACCGUUGUGUUGCUGGAAAACGUAUCGAUGAACGUUGUCCAAAAGCCGGCAGUCAAUCUACAUUAAACUAUGAUCUUUGGUGGAAACAUCAAUAUACUACUUUUAAUGCGACGAAUCCACAAUAUUAUGCUGGCCUGGAUCAUGUUGUUCGAUGCGAUUGGCCAUGUAAGAUUCAAUGUAAAAAGCCCAUAUGGAUAUCAAGCACUAAUACUCAAGGUGAUUCUUUUCAAGUCCUUCGACAAGAUCACGAACAAAGACCAGGUUGUUCGAUAGCUUUCAAUCGAAAAAUUGAACAUUCAAUGCAUCUGCCAACACAAAUGAUCAUGUACUCUGAUAUUCCAAAUCCAUCGAAUUAUACAUGUCCAAUGAAUAUCCAUGGCGUUAAAAUUCGUUUACCUGAUCUGAAGUUUUGCAAUGUUUUCCACGAGUGUACUGCUUCGAAACUCAUGGGCUCAUUUCUCUGCAUUGAGUCACAGUUUGAUGCACGCGAAAGUGAUUGUGUGCCAUUAUCUUUAAACAAUAAUUGCCCAAUGGCACGUCGCUAUACAUACUCGCGUCCACGUCUAGCUGCUCAAUCAUCGAUUAUUGCUUAUUACGAAGCUGUUGAAGUUCGAAGUGUCAAUCCAAGUGGUUAUGAAUGUAUCACCGAUGGUAUUCAUACAGAUCCGAUGUUUUGCAACUUAUUCCAUGCAUGCUCUGGUCGUACGCGGCGAACAUUUCAAUGUCGUCAAACAGGUACCGAUGGUAUCAAUGAUGGUGUGUCCACAUUUGAUUUGAAUACUAAAAGUUGUACAAGAUUUUCCUCGUAUUCUUGCUCAACACUUCUCUAUAACCAAGAGUUCGUCAUUUUGCCAGUUAUGUUUAAACCACCGACUGUUUCUCCCUGCGGCAAAGAAGGUUUCUUUCCGGUUUCGGAUAUAACUGCACAAUAUUGCAACAUGUUUGCUUGGUGUCCCAAAGGACACGGCGAAGCGAAAGUGUUCGAGUGUGUUCCAUCAUUUCCUGGCGCAUAUACAGGUGCUUUUGAUAUUUCACGACGUUCAUGCACAUCGCGAACAACAUGUCCGCGAGCAAGACAUUCAACAUCAUUUAAUACGAGUCUACUUGCGACAACUUUACGGCCGAAGAUCGUCAGUAUCGGUAAACGUAAACAGUUUUCAUUGACAAGCACAAUGCUUGAAAAUGGCUAUAUUGCUUUGGGAUCGGAUUUUCAAUCGACAUUCUCAUGUCCGAUGGGAACAACAGGAUUCUUUGCUAAUCCGAAUUAUUGUGAUGUGUUUCAUUAUUGUUACGAAACUGGAGAAUUAUCGUCAUUCGUUUGUGCAUCGAUGCCAAAUCGAUAUCAACUUUGGUGGAGUCAUCAUAAUGAACAGGGUCGAGCAGAUAAUGUUUUCUGUGAUUGGCCAUGCAAUUUACAAGGUGCUUAUGCUUGUCCAGCUCACAAAGCAAUUUUUAUGCGUGACCGUCAACCCAAUGGUAACGUCGGUCAACGUGAAGUCAUUGAAGCAACAUGUUCAUCGGCUCAAGUUCCAACAGCUGCAGUUGUCGUGAAUAACAUUACGCCAGAUCCUAUUGUCAGCAUCAAUCCAACCUAUUUUCCUGCACCAUCGCCUAGUGUUGUCAAUAUCCCACAACAACCUGCUACAGUUGGAACGAGUUUCAGUGCAUCAGUCUCAGGAUAUCAACCAUGCGUUCAAUCGAAUCAAUGGUAUGUCAGUCAAUCGACGAUUCGUUGUAGUCCGUCGUUUGCUACUACUGGCUUCGCACCUGAUCCAAAAGAUUGCUCGAAAUAUUAUGCUUGUGAUUCCUAUAUCGGACCAGAUGGGAUGUCAGCAGGCAUAUUAAUGCAAUGUUUGGCUGGCUUAUGGUGGGAUCAACAACGACGUUCUUGCGUCUUACCGUCGGAAGUCGCUUGUAAUCCGUACAAUAUUAUUAAUUCUCAAGGACAAGGAACAAUUAUUGACAAUACUCCAAGUGUAAUCUAUCAACCGUCACCAUCGGUGCCCGUAAUACCAUCAGUUCCGUUUGUGCCUGUUGGUACAACACCCAUUCUUUCCUUCCCUCAAACACAACCACCUAUUCAAGGUGGUUCAGAACCAGCUGCAGGCAAAUGUCGUGGUGCACCAUUAUGUACUGAAGUCGGUCUCAAUAUUCUUCAACAAAUGAAAGCUAUACCGGGUCGAACCGGAUGGUUUUACAAAUGUGACAGUCAAUGUGCAGUUGAAAUGCGUUGUCCACCAGGUCUAGUAUUUGACGAUUCAUAUCAACGUUGUGAAUGGCCUGGUGCUAAUGCUCAAAAUCCAAGCCAUCGUUUAGGUAGUUUACGAAGCAAAAAGCAACAAAUGCGUACGAUGUCAACAAUGAAACAACAGCAAGCUACUUUUACAGUAUCGCCAACAAAGAAAUUUCUCAAUCCAUGA